AGCAUUGUGUGACCGAAGCAGGGUCUGCCGGGCUCAUUGCGCCGCUUCACCACCCGGCUGGUCUUUUUGGAUCAAACUGCAAUGGCGGAACAGCAGCAGUUCUACCUCUUGUUGGGCAACCUGAUGAGCCCUGACAACAGCAUCAGGAAACAAUCAGAGGUGAGUGGACAGAUCGAAGCUCUAUUUAAUGGAUGACAAGUUGAGCCAGUGGAGAAAUCAGGGGCGGUGGAGCUAGCUGCUGAAGCUAAACGCCUUAGCUGUCCUGGCGCGCGCAGUUAGCUCUAACGUCACGGCACGGACCCACUGCACGCGACCAAUUCCCUUAAAGCAGUAUCCGCCCAGUCUUGAUGGCGCAAAUAACUGAGUUAUAUAAAUCAUCCCAACGAGGGCAUUUAACUUGGUAAUGUACAGGUGGUGUGUUCAGAUGGUUGAUCAUGACACAGUAAAGGAGAAACGCUGUUACGGUGUGAAUCAACUGAAAGCGAACUGACGCGGUUGAAAAAUCGCCCCCAUUCAUUGUGUAUUGUGAGCGCCAUAUUCACCGCUCAAGCAUGCUGCCGCGAACCAUGCCGAGAGAGGCAUCUUUUUAUCCGCUAACCUCCUUCAAUAUGUCAAAAUUACCCCUCUCUAGUUAAAAACUGUAGAUGAAUCGUCCCUUUUGAUAAAAAUGCGGGUUGAAAAGACUAAACAAAUCAAGAAAAGAGACCCGGCUGGGCUGAGCUGACGGGAGUGCAGGCGAAGUUGCCGCGUGCGGUUGUUCCGCUCAGUCUGCCGCUCGCUAUACACACUGAAUGGGGACGAACUUUUUUUUUACCGCGUCAGUUCGCUCGCAGUCGACACACCAUCCAGGCUCUGUAGCCCACGUGCAAAGUAGAGCCGCCACAGAGUACUACUAGUCAGCUAGCGCUAACUAUUCCACCAUGUUGCGUAGUUACGUGGAGAUAAUCUAGUCCCUUCCUAUCAAAGCGAAGUCAUGACACAGUGAGAUUUGGCGUGUUGGUGUCGCACUCAGUGGGUUUGGUUUUUAAAGUGGAAUGUUUGUUGUGUGCCUUCACUAAAAUCACAGCUGAUACUGGAGCAGUCACCGAGCUGGUGGAGGAAGUAGCAUGAAGCUAAAGCAGCUACAGCAGGGUCGCAGGUCUAACCAGCAAGCUAACGCCCAACAGAGUGUGUUGUGUUAAUAGAUUAAUGACAUAAACUGAGUGAUUAAACACAACCAUAUUAGCACAGUGAUGAAGAAUAAGCCAUUAAUGACUGUAAGGGAGGGUAAGCUGUGUUAGCAAAGCUCAACGUUAUGCAAUGGCCUUCCGUCAUUUAACGCUAAAACUACCAAGAGGGUCACAGAGACUAGUCACUGUAACCCAGCACAUGGAUCUUUAGGGUCCUGGCUUUCUGUAUACGUGUUAGUUUUAGUUAUUUUUACAGAAUAGUUUACUGUUUUCUACCUUGGCUGAUCAUAACAGUCUCAAUGACUGCUUAUCACUGUGGUGUUUCCCCAUUUCUUGCUGCUGAGGACACAUUAUCAUGAACAAUGUAACACUUCUCCUGCUUUAUUUACAGCUUUUAAAAGGCUGGAACAUAGUUUUAGCUUUGUAAAACAUGUCCUAUUCAAAAGAAAUUCAGAUGUAAGACGUGUCUGAAAUUGAAAAGUGUUAUUGCACAUGGUAGUCAUCAUGAUAAACAAUAAAGUUAUAACACACACAUUAUCCAAGCAUCCCAAACUAUUGACAUUGGCUGUGUCCGAAAUGGAUCCCUAACCCCUACACAGGUGACUAUAUGGGGGUUAGCGCCAUUUUGAGGGGUGUCCGAAACCUCAGUGAUCAAUUCCAGUGCCCUGUAUAGGUGACUCAAAUUUUCCCAUAGAGCAUUGCAAAAUAUAGUGACCGUGAUGGUCACUCGCCGGUGGUGGGCAUCCCGUCAUGCAUUGCGUCUUGCCAUGUAGUGUCUGAAACCUCCUGUGAUUGAGUUCACUACAUUGUCAACUAUAUAGUAAAACCCCAUAUGGGGUUUAGGGGUCAGGGAUUGAGUGAUUCAUUUCAGACACAACCAUUGUUGUCAGUAUUAAGUGUGUUUGUUCUUGAAUUUUCAGCAUGCUUUAUAAUUAUAAUGUCAAUAUUUACAGCCUGUUUCUGAUACAAUCAGAUUGGCUUUUACAUAAUAAGGAAUAUUUUGUCUUAUUUAUUGCCACAUAUUCUGCAGCUUCUUUAGUAUCAUCUUAUAUUUUCAGUUAUUAGUGAAGUUGUGUGCAAACAAUCAGAUCCUAGAUCCCGGCUAAUCAAAUGGCCAGGGCUUUUAAAAGUGAUCUGAAAUUGUUUAGAGUUUCACAUAUAGGGAUGGGAAUCAAGAACUGGUUCUUGUUGAGAAUCGGUUCCUAAUGGUUCAACCCAUCAACAUCAUUUACAUUUUAUCUUCACGAUUCCCUUAACGAUUUCUUUCUUCCGGGUGCCUUGAAAAGGGUUUUGCAAGAACAGAGACAGAGGAAAAAACAUGGUGGAUGGUACGACAAGUAAGCAGAAACGAUCUAAAGCGGGGCUUAAUUUUACCAAGAGAGACGACAACAGCGCAUUGUGCAACAUAUAUUGAGCAGUGAUAACAUGCAAAGGCGGAAACACCAGCAACAUGUUUAAACAUUUGACAACGGGGAACGGCAUCAAAUACAUACAUUUUUUUUUCUGUUAUCAGAGACUUAAUAAGAUUUUGAGUUAACGAUGAAAACCUACAGUCUACUUUUUUAAUAAAAGAUCAAAAAAAGGCAUUGAUAAGGGAAUCAUUAAAGAAUUGAAUCGAUAAGCAGAAUCAAUAAUGGCAUUGAUAUCGAUAAAAUCUUAUCAAUUCCCGUCCCUAUUCACAUAGUGCUUUUUCCUCUCCCUGUUUGGUUUGAUCCCACUCUCAGGAUUGAAUAAUCUCACUUUCAGCCACGUCACUCUAAAGCCAGGUCAUCCUCUCUCUGGAUUAGCUCUUCAGGAUUUGUUUGGGCUCAGUCUAGCUGCCCUUUUCCCCUUUUUUUUUCCCCCACCAUGAUUAGCCCCUGGUCACAGCAGGGCAUUGUUGCUACAGUUUACCUCUUUAGCGCCCGACUUUUGGAUGAGGUAGUUGAAUCUUAUCACACCCCCCUCACUCAUUUGGCAGUCAGCGAUUUCCUUUGUAAACCGCAGACUGUCUGCCGGGAUGCUAAGCUCAUUGGAAUUCAUCCUCUACAGAAACCCUCCAGUUCAGUCACAAUCUGAAAUAAAACCUUUUGGAGAAGACAUUGAGCUUAUUUUAAAAUCUAAAAUAUUACUGCUGCUCAAUAAAUCAGGGUCUCAUUUUCUAGAAAUAUGUAAUUAAAGAUCUGCUGUUUCUCUGAUUGUCUAAGUGAAGUCUGCUGCCAGAAGUUUAAAAAGUACCCAGAACGGCAGCUUAAGGGCUCAGAGUAAGAUUUAGUCAGAUAAUUUAAAAGUAUGUGUUUUGAAUAAAGGGGUGACAUGUAUGCAGAAAGCACAAAUAAGCUUAUACACUAUGGUAACAGGCUAAAAGACACAACCUGAGACUGUCUUCAAACGUGUGAAGCUUUCCUGAAAAACCGGCUAAAAGAUGCAGCUGAUAAACCGACUUUUCAGCCUGGAUUCAGUCCCGCAGUUCUUUUCAAAUGGUCAGUCCUCUGCUUUCACCCCCACCAAAGUGUCGCCCGCCCUGUGUCACUCCUCUCUGGCCUGCCUCUUUUAUCAUGCAAAUGUCUGCAUUUGCAAUGAGCCGAUCUGAGGUGUUUCGAGUCACGUUAUCUUGUUUCUCCAUCUCAAAGUGCAGCAGUCUGAACUGAGUUUCUCUUGAUAUUUAAAUCAAAUUGAGAGGGAUUUUGAUGCAGAGUUUACACAUGAUGGUGUUUGGAUGUUUUAGUCAAUACACACACGCACCCCAGUGAGAGUCCUGGGAUUCCUGCAAAGUUUUAAAAUUUAAGAUCAUUAAAUUUUUUUAUUGUUUUUUUUUUUGGCUCAAAGUCUUGUGUUCUAGACGGCGCUCUGACUGAGUCUGGUUGCUUGAUCAAAUCUACUCUGUCUAGUUUGUGUUAUGAAUUCUUUUUUUGAUUGAUUGCGUGACUGUGGAUGGCAUUUGGAGCAGCUCUACAGUAGCUGGUUACUUAUGCAUUCACAAACCUGGAACAGAAGUGAGAAAGAGGAGGACGGGGACAAAAAAGCUCAAAGGAAAUUGGCUCAAAAUAAAAAUAUCAGGAUUUAACAUUAAGAUUGAGGUGACUUCCAAUUAUAGUUUAAAGUUUAACUUUAGAUAUACUGUAUUGUUGACUGUCACACCUGUGCUAAUUAUCAUUUAUUUCCAUUAAUUAAUAUUCAUCAGGUAGAAGUCUUAAAUCUGGUUCUAAAGCAUGUGCAGCAGAUCUUUGUUUUCUUGUUGGAAAUCUGAAUUUCAAAGCCUCCAAAAACACUUUGGGUGACUGCUUUUCAUCCACCUCUGCAUGCCAACAAUGUGAUUCUUUGAAAAAAAGUGUCAAUCUGAAGUUUUAACUUGAUUUUCAGUCAGAUAAAACUUAAAUUUGAGUUAUUUGAGAAGGCUGAAUUAUCAUAAAAACCCUAAAUGAUUAAAUCCAUGUAAUAGGUCUGAAACAGCUGUCACAUCAGAUUUUGUUUUCAUCAUGAGACGGAGCUGUUGAAGACCGUUAUACUCUCCUUUCUGUAGAAGAAAUCAGUGUCAGGCUGGUCUAGAUAAGAUUGAUUAUUGUUCAGUUUGACCCUGAGAUCCAGCUGAAGAUCCUUACCUCUUUAUUUUUUUCCAGAAAACGUCACAUUGUGAACCAUCUUUAGCAUCUGUUUCAUUUUAAAACAGGGUGAUCGUGCAAAAUAUUCCUCAGUGAUUUACACUAAUGAUAAUGUCAGCGCCAGUGGAGAUAAUCCAUCACAUGGCUGAAAGUGUGCAUACGUGUUUCCUGCAUCUGUCAGCAUCGAAUGCACCAGAGAACAGGCCUCACCCUAACCGCUGUCUGCUGAUUUUCCUUCGCAGGAGACCUAUGACACCAUCCCGGGUCAGAACAAGAUCACAUUCUUGCUGCAGGCCAUCAGAGAUGCAUCCGCUGCAGAGGAGGUUAGUGCUCCAAACACUGGAAUAUCUGUGUGGUGACGUGUGUUUCUUCAGCUUUAAUCUACUGUGGGCAUGUUGCAGGAAAUAGCAAUUUUGUUUGGUACUUUCCAGCCAAUUAGGGGCAAGCAUCUUCCCUUACCAUACGACUUAAAGCCAUGCUUCAGAAGGUGCCACACCGGUGGCAUUUAGAGAAUGCUGUCCGGUCAUCACAUGUAGGAACCCUCAGCGCCUGACGCAUCAGUCAGAGUUAUGAGCUAUGAGUCACUACUUUGGCAUUUUGACAGUUGUGUUUACUCCGAGUCCAGCAGCUGCUUGGUCCCUCACGCUUCCUCUCCUGUUCUUUACCUCGAGGUUGAUAUUUUUAGAGUGCUGAAACGGGAGCAGGCGGAGAGGAGCUCUGUCCACGGAGAGUGACUCUGCUUUUCUGAGAUGCUGCAACUUUUAUCACACAGCUUUGUUUCGUCUUUUUAGAAGUCUUUAGCUUCACUUAGGCCUUGUUGUCCAAACUAAUCCCUCAGAGUUGGACUUUUGAAAUACUGCUGACCCAAAUUUACGUUUCAAAUGUGGAGACUUUUGGCUGAUUUUUCAUUAUCAUCACAGACUAGGCCUGGGUGAUUUGGCAAAAAAAACGAUCAUGAUAUAUUUUGUCAUAUCGUCUGAUCUCGAUUAUUAUCAUGAUUUUUUUUUAACUGCCUGUUUUAAAGCAUCUGUACUAAAAACUAAAGAAACUAGAGAUUAGUUCAACGUUUUAUUAACGUACAAAGUAAAUAACAAAGCAAAUUGAAUAAGAUACACUUAGAAAAAUAUUUUUAAAAUAUUUUAACUCAACAGUACAACAAAUGUAGAUAAAUAUUAAAUAAUACAGUGAAUUAGUUUACAGUCCUGAGUGUUUUUGCAGGCAUACAAGACCCAAAAUAAACAAAUCGCCCCCUCAGAGAUAAUAAAGAUGCCUUAAAAUGUAAACAUUAGAUGAUGUAAACGUAGAUGAUAUGAUUGAUAGCUGCUUUGUUCUGGUAGCUUCACCGCUAGUUGUGGCGAAACUGCUAAUGCUACUCAUACCGUUUUUAUGCUUUCUGCAUUAUCACUCAGGAAGUCUUUCCGAUCGCUGACAUACCUUACACAUCGGCUUAAAUGCUCGACGUCACUUUGGAGAUACAACCGACUUUGAAUAACUUCUCAACAAUAACAUCUUCUGAGGAUGACUCAAAGUCACAGCUGACAUCUAUUUCGCUGCCCUCAGCUCCGCGUUUAGCUCCAUGUUCGGUCAUUCUGUUUACUUCUGAAAAUUUACAGAAGUGAGCAGGAAAAGCUCGACUCUGAUUGGCUAAAUAUGCUCACAGCUGAUCAUCGUGAUCAAACUGAAAUUUAUCACCAUCAUCGGUCACAAUCAUAUAAUCGCCCAGUCCUAUCACUGACCCCUUCCUUUAAGAAAACAGAGUGCUUCUUUUAACAUUAAACAUUACUGACUUGUGUUUUUUCAUAAUACUCUCCAAAUGACAGAGAGAAGUUUGUGCUCUAAUUAAAUGCACAACAGUGCUGCAGGCUCUGCCAAAAAGCUGCUGUUUGAAGUGUGAAUUUUUGCACCGGUGUCCACAUUUUCAGCAUGUUCAGGGUCAAGUAAUGUGCAUAUUUUUGCAUGUCAAAGGGAGGAGAAGUUAGAAAUAUUCAUGAAAGUAGCCUCAGAGUUUCCCUCCAUGUGUUGUUGCUGCUGCUCUUAGUCAUGUGACACAAAUGAUUAAUUUACUGCUGCUCAGAUCUAAAACUGCCAAAACAAAUCCCAAAUAAAGCUGUUGUAUAAACUCGGCUCUAAUCCUAUUAGGAUCAAAUCCUCAGAAGAAACGGUUUCCCCUUUGACCAAAUCUGACAUGGUUUUGUAAAAGCUCUGCUCUGUUUCGGGUCUAUGUUACCUUUUGUGUUGAGACGAGCUGUUGUGUCCUCUCAGGUCAAACAGAUGGCGGCGGUGCUGCUGCGGCGGCUCCUGUCAUCGUCCUUCGAGGAGAUCUACCCGGGCCUGACGCUGGAGAUGCAGACGGCCAUCAAGACAGAGCUGCUGACCAGCAUCCAGCAGGAGACCUCGCCCAACAUCCGCAAGAAGGUCUGCGACAUUGCAGCCGAGCUCUCCCGCAACCUCAUCGGUAAGAAAACCGCUUCCAAAGGUGGUCUGCUGCAGGAAAUGUUUGUGGGUUUAAAAAUCGACAAAGACUAACCUCAAGGUGUUUUUUUGUGUUGUUUUAAGAUGAUGAUGGAAACAACCAGUGGCCAGAGCUGCUGAAGUUUCUGUUCGACUCCGUAAACUCUGAAAAAGUAGGCCUGCGAGAAGCUGCCCUGCACAUAUUCUGGUAAGUUCCGAGUCAAGUCUGAAUCAUUGUCACUAAAGUGAAUCGGCUGUCAUGUUAAAAACAGAAGUGCUGAGCAUGUUUUGUGUCUUCACCUUUUCAGGAACUUUCCAGGAAUCUUUGGUAACCAGCAGCAGCACUACAUGGAGGUCAUCAAGCGUAUGCUGGUUCAGUGCAUGCAGGACCAGGCAAACCCACAUGUACGACCUCACCUCAAGUGAUUCUAGGCAGGAUUAUAGGCCUGUGUGUGUGCGCCUGUACUGAUAUUGUCUUAAACCUUUCUUCAGAUUCGUACCUUGGCUGCUCGAGCUGCAGCAUCCUUCGUCCUGUCCAAUGAAAGCAACACAGCGCUGUUGAAGCACUUUGCCGACCUUCUUCCAGGAAUCCUGCAGGUGAGAAAGGAAACUGAAUCAUGUUUUACUCCUUUAAUGAUCUCGUAAAAUAACCGACAAGAUAAUUGAUUUAGAUAAGUGUUUUUGUUUCGGUUUAGAAAAGCCGUUUAGGAACUCAGCUUUUAUUGAUUACCGUAAACGGCCGACGUAGAAGCUCAGUUGUGCAGUUUCACCCUCUUUCCAUGUAAAAUGCAACUAAAACUCCACAAAGUCAACAUAUGCCGAAUGAACAAUGGAGCCUGUGUGCAGAUGGAGAGUAAAACAUCAGAGUGAACGCUGUGUUUGCUCUGACUGUCGAGCGUCACAGCUGGGUUUAUGAUCCAUUAUUUGGUUGUGCGGCGAUGACGCUGUUUGCCGACAGACCGUCUUCAUUAAUCAACCCUCUGCAGAGCAAACAGGAGGACUGUUGGCUGUUCCUAUCAGCGACUGCAUCAUAUAGUUAUGCAGUUUUUCUUUGACAGCGCAGGGUUAAUCAAGUCCUGCAAAGAACCUGAAAUCCUGGACUUAUUUUUCUGGUUUCAAAAAAAUCUUAAAAUCAGCGAAAAAAAACCUUUUGAGGGUUUUGGAAAAGCACAGAAAAUGUUUUUGUUCUUAAAUGCCAAAUAUAAACGGAGUUAAAUGUUAUCGCAGCUUAAGAGAAUGAAUAACUAAAGAGGACAGCCAAGUAAAAAUAAUCCAAAACCUCAUAUCUAUUCAAUCUGCCGCAACUCGGUUUCAUGCGUUCGCUAUCCAGCAUGUGACACUUGAUUGUGUGCAAAUUUUGUCUCUUUUCCAUAGGACUUAUGAUAAAAGGGUUUGAAAUGGCGUAAAAGUCCUAAGUGAUAUAGCCUAAAGGUCCUUACACACCGUGACCGACACCAUUUUGCGACUUUCCGGGGGGGAAAAGACGCAUCCUGGGCAAAUUGGUACUUCUUUUGCUUUCUCAAAAAGAAAGAAACGUAGUGCAUGGGUGCAUCCAAUAUUACAAAAAUGAAGAGUUUCACUGCUUGGUUCAGGAGCUGAAACUGUACCACGGAAGCUGACUGUUUUUCAGUUCUGAUUAGACACUAGUGUUGAGAUGUCUGUCUGUCAUGAUAGCAUGUACUGAUUCAGGGCCAGUACCAGAUAAGCACAUUAAACUAUGGUAACAACCGUUAGCUUACGUUAGCACAGAUGAAAGUUAAAACAAAGACGUUUAGCAAACUGUUAAAGCACACAAACCAUCGUCAUAUGAGAAAUCCGACACUAUGACUCUCCACAUGUUGUCCUUCAGGUCGUUAUCUUUGUAAUGUUUGUGUUUUUUUUAAUCAAAAAGCACUCUGUUCUCAGACACAUAAACAAUCAGUCGGUCUGCCAUGUUGGAUAUACCAGUGAAUCAGACGUCGCAACAACACGCAAUCUGAUUGGUCAGAAGUGGACACACAGUAUGCGAAACUUUAGACAAAUCGACCAUGAUCCGAAAAAAAUUAACGUCGUAAUGUCGCAGGAUGGGGAAAAUGUUACUGAUGUGAACGCUUGUAUUGACAGUAUACAGGUUCGGAAAAAAAAAUUGACGUCCGUAAUAAUCACACGACAAAAACGGUCCCGGUGUGUAAGGACCUUAAGACUUUAAAAAGGUCUUUUUAAAGAUGUCCACUGUAGCUUUUAGGUUCUUGUGUGAGUCCUGUAUCAGUCAUGAAAAGCCGCCUAAUUUAACAAGCUGAGUCCUGCAGUCAUUUCCCAACAGCUGUGAAUGUUUCAGUAUCCUCACUAAGCCCUAUUCAAACACUGUUACUGACUGUUUUCCCAUCACUGACUCAUUCUUAGAGGUAAAGCUCUCAGGUUGGGAUCAAUUCCACAUUAAGCAGUACGAUACUGACCUUGUCUUUUAAACCAGGCGGUGAACGAGUCAUGCUACCAGGGAGACGACUCAGUGCUCAAGUCUUUGGUGGAAAUCGCUGACACGGCGCCAAAAUACCUGAGACCCAACCUUGAAGCGACUCUGCAGCUCUGUCUCAAGGUGAGUCAGCGAAAUAUGAGGAAGUAAAAAUACAACAACCUGUUGGAAGUUCGGUUUGAAUCUAAGUUUUGAACAAACAUAAAGGACUGAUCGAACGUGUUUCUGCCUCUUUUUGUAAUAAUUGAUCUUUGCGUUGCUGCGUCCCCUCAGCUCUGUGCAGACACCAACCUGACCAACAUGCAGAGACAGUUAGCUCUGGAGGUCAUCGUCACUUUAUCGGAGACCGCAGCCGCCAUGCUGAGGAAACACACCGCCAUCGUGGCUCAGAGCGGUGAGGAUCCUGUCCACUUCCAGUCGCUACCCUCCUAAUAAGGAGAAUUAGAGCAGAGGAGAUCAGACAUCUGAGUCAUUAUCUGUCUGUUGUUGCUUCAGUGCCUCAGAUGUUGGCGAUGAUGGUGGACCUGGAGGAUGACGAUGAGUGGGCCAUGGCGGACGAGCUGGAGGAUGAUGACUUUGACAGGUAGGAGCCUGUUUUAUAAAACCAUGGUUCAGCAUCCUCAAGCAAGGCCUGAAACACACAGACACUGCAGAAGUUUUGUCACAUUACCACCAUAAAUCCUCAAAUAUAAGCUGCUCACUUUGAGAUAAAUACAAACUGUCGGGAACUGACCCUGAUCUAAUGGUAAAGACUUAAUGAUCAGCAUUCAUUGUUGUCAGGAUUAGAGCUCACAGUGCAGCUCUGAGCAGCAGAGAGCUGUGAUGCUGACAGUUCCUGGUAACUAAGACUCUUAUCUCUGGUAUAAAAAGCUGGAAAAAAAGUGCUAAAACUCAAAAUGGUGAAUACUAGGGAUGUGCUGAUAUACGAUUUAAUCGCGAUAUUAAACGGCAGCGAUGAUGAAAUCGUAGGUUACUUUUAAUAAUCGUUCCACAAUUACAAUUUAAAGAUGAGUGGCAGCAGCACGCAACGUAGGCGUGCGAAGCUGAGUACUUACCAACCUACCCGCUUGCAGUCUUACCCACGGUGUCAAAGUGUCGGUAGCAAAAUGUACAAACAAACCACCACAAAAGUCGUCCCAAAUCCAAAACAACCUCCCGAAUUAAGUACACUAAUGCCAGCCUAACAAAAACAGGAACAUUAAAAGAGAAAAUUAAGAAAUUUUACAACAAAGUGCGUGGCCUGCCACAAUGCACUGCGGCCACCCAAAGCACUUUUGGAGCGUGUCCACUCUGUGAACCGGAAACAGUUUGAAGAAGAAAAAAAAAAGUUGACAUGCACUUUCAAACUUCCAACCAACAUAACAAUGCAGCCGGACCAAGAACAGUCGGAGACUGAGAAUGACGAAACGCCUCGGCUGUAUCGUCCUAUUAAAAAGGUUUCGUCUUCAGUAUGGCCGUUUUACGGCUUCACAAAACAGGAGGAAGGAGGGAAAGGAAGUUACAGCACAGUUAUCUAACACUUCAAACCUACAUGCCCACCUCCGUGAACACCAUCCAGCAUCGUUUAGUCUACUCUACUGCUAUUUCCAAAAAGCUAAUGCUCCCAACGUCGCAUUAGCUGUCUCUUGCUCAUAUUGUUUGUGCGUGUCAUGCUGUGCACAGAGAAGUGAUUUCGCAGUUUUUUGCCAUUUUUAAUAACGUUAUAAACAAUGUGCUAAUAUUGUGAUGUCAAAUUUUUCAUAUCAGCACAUGCUUAGUGAAUACACGUGAUUUGUGCUCAUGGUAAUUUUGUCCUCCUCACCCACAGUAACGCUGUAGCCGGGGAGAGCGCUCUGGACAGAAUCGCCUGUGGUCUGGGAGGGAAAAUCAUCCUGCCGAUGAUCAAACAGCACAUCAUGACCAUGCUGCAGAACCGUGAGUGAAGCUCUGAAACUCUCUUAAGGUCUGAGAUUAUGAGCAAAUGCAGAGGAAAAGAAAUUAGCCACUCAAUUCACAUAUUUCUGAGUAAUUUCUCUGAAUCUAACAGAUCUGAAGACAAAAAUCAUUAGAGGCUGUGAGCUCGAUGCAGAUUUCUUUCUAAUUUUUCAGCAGUGAUAAUAAGGUCCCCCCCUCUGCAGAAACCUGUGUUCAAACUCUGAAUAUAAAGUACAUAGACAUCAGCGUGAGCAAAGAUCAAUCUUGUGUGUGUUUGUGUUUAGCUGACUGGAAGUAUCGCCACGCCGGGCUGAUGGCGCUCUCUGCCAUCGGAGAGGGCUGCCACCAACAGAUGGAGGCCAUCCUGCAGGAGAUCGUGAGCUUCGUCCUCCUCUUCUGCUCCGAUCCUGUAAGAGACACAACUCUUGAUUUUUACUCACACAAACAUACAAGUCAAAUUCAGGCUGAGUCCUGGUCUGCUUUUUAAAUAUAUUCUGAUCAUAUGUCUGGUUUUACUUCUCCCUCCUCAGCACCCUAGAGUUCGCUACGCUGCCUGCAACGCUAUCGGACAGAUGGCCACAGACUUCGCCCCGACCUUCCAGAAGAAGUUUCAUGAUAAGGUAACUAAAGAGAUGCUCCAAUCUGUGGAACCUGGAACAUUUUCUGACAUUUUCUGUACCUCAUGUAGUAAACUAGAUUUGGAAAGUUGAGAUAUUCUCAGCGGCUUGUAGCUCAGGUCUAAAAACAGCACUUUAGUCUGGCACCUAACUUUGCAUCCUUCCUCCUCCAGGUGAUUUCCGCCCUCCUGCAGACCAUGGAGGACCAGAGUAACCCCCGGGUUCAGGCUCAUGCUGCCGCUGCUCUCAUCAACUUCACAGAGGACUGUCCCAAAGCUCUGCUGAUCCCGUAUCUGGACAGCCUGGUGCAGCACCUCCACGUCAUCAUGGUGGCCAAGCUGCAGGAGGUAAGAGAGGAAAACCGGCAAAAUCGGCCUCCUGCAAACACGGUACUCAUCAGGAGUUUUAAAUGACUCCUGUUUUCUUUCCACAGUUGAUCCAGAAAGGCACCAAACUGGUCCUGGAGCAGGUGGUGACGUCCAUCGCCUCAGUGGCCGACACAGCGGAGGAGAAAUUUGUGCCAUAUUACGACCUGUUCAUGCCGUCGCUAAAACACAUUGUGGAAAACGCCGUGCAGAAGGAGCUGAGGCUGCUGCGAGGAAAAACCAUCGAGUGCAUCAGUCUGAUCGGCCUCGCUGUCGGCAAAGAGAAGGUACAACCACCUUAAAUCUUUAAAGUGGACAUGAAGGGUUUCACUGCACAUACAGACGUCUAACAUCGUCAUCUCUCUGUCUCGUUUCAGUUCAUGCCAGACGCCUCGGCCGUCAUGCAGCUGCUCCUGAAAACCCAGACAGACUUCAACGACCUGGAGGACGACGAUCCCCAGGUACAAAAACCUAAAAAUAGCUGUGUAAGUCUGCUGCUCUCUAGCGUUUCUGUGAUUUGUUCUGAGGUUUUCCGUCUGUGUUUCAGAUCUCGUACAUGAUCUCAGCCUGGGCCAGGAUGUGUAAGAUCCUGGGGAAGGAGUUCCAGCAGUACCUGCCUGUGGUGAUGGGACCGCUGAUGAAAACUGCCUCCAUCAAGCCUGAGGUGGCCCUGCUGGACAGUAAGUCGUACAGCAGUGACUUUUCUGUGGAUCUGUCAAAUAUAGUAAUUUAAUUUUGCAGAUUGGUUUGAAGUUCUCAUUUAAUUUGAGAUGUUUUGAAUUUCCCUCUGGGAUUGAUAAAGUACCUACCUACCAAACUACCCACAGGAAUAAAAUGAUUAGAUUUUAAACUGCAUUACUAAUGUUCUCUAGGAUUUAUUGAUACUCCCAACAUUUUAACUAGGGCCCGACUGAAAUGGAUUUUUUUCUGGGCUGAAACCGAUUAUUAGGGGUGGGAAAACCUGAUUACUGAUUAAUCGGACGAUUUUUAAAAGUUAUAAAAAUAUACAUAUAUACUGUAGGCUACUGCGCUUCACGCCGAGAGGAAGACUGAGUGAUCAAACUUGAAUCAGAAGAGUGUUUUCGCCCGCCGCUGUCGAUCGGUGCCUCUGCGUAUUAACUCAUGUUACACAUUUCCAGUUCGGUCUCAUCUGGAGACAUGCAGCUGCCUCAGUAAGAGAAGUAGCUCGAUCACGUAAUGUGUACUGUUGUUUAUUCUACCGUUACUGGCACGGCUAACAGUGUAGCAAGGCUAACAGCAGAUGGCUAACUCUAACUUUAGUUGUAUAUUACAUGGUGCUUCACCGUUAACUCGGCGUGACUGAGACCAGCACAGCGGGGAACAUCGUGAAGUGGGUUGAACUAAAACUUGUUGACUUAUUGCGUAUUUCACAAACUGGUUUAUUUACCGUUGAGGUGGACCACUCUCCUCUGUGCGUCCCUGAGCUGCCUGCUUCAGAUCCGUCACUCUGCUGUGCUGUGAGGUAGUUAGUGGAUGAAGAUUGUCAUGAGGUCGCUGCGCCAUCUACAGGAUAAGUUGGGGAACUUUUCAAAAGACGGAACAUUUUCAAAGUGAAACCGAAUCUUAUUCUCCACAUUUUAUUUCUGAAAAUAUCGGCGAAAGGUGGCAAGUUUUGGCCGAUUACCGAUAAGUCUCAAAUGGGCUAAAACUGGCCAAUUUAAUCGGUCGGGCCCUAAUUUUAACUUUGCAUUUCAUCUUAAUACAUUUUUCUUUCUCGUGACCAUAUACUCAAAAGUUUCCCCAUCAUCUACGGGUUCAUCUCAACAAACUAAAACGUUGCAAAAUAGUUUUUUUUUUUUCCAAAAAUUUAGAUUCAAAGUUAAAAGUUCUGCAUCAUUUUCAACCAAAAGUCUCGUUCCUGACUUUGAUUUUCCCCCCUGAUGCUAAAGCGGUAAAAGAUGCAGAAUGUACAUGAAUGUGUCUCUGUCUGCAGCUCAGGACAUGGAGAACAUAUCAGAGGACGACGGCUGGGAGUUUGUGAACCUCGGAGACCAGCAGAGUUUUGGAAUCAAGACCGCCGGCCUGGAGGAGAAGGCCACCGCCUGCCAGAUGCUGGUGAGUGACUCGGUGCAGUUCUAGGGGAAUAAAACCUGUAAUCUGAGCACCAGAUUCAGAGCCAGCAGGAGAAGUCUCCACUGUGGGUGAAAUAUUUUGUGUUUUUUUUCUUGCAGGUGUGUUAUGCCAAAGAGCUGAAGGAGGGGUUUGUGGAGUACACGGAGCAGGUGGUGAAGCUGAUGGUCCCUCUGCUCAAGUUCUACUUCCACGAUGAUAUCCUUGAAAUGAAAAAGCCAGAGCAAAUGUUUCGAUUGCGUGUAGAAAUUCCGAGUUUGCUGAACCAUAUUUGGCUGCAAAGUUUCUUUAACCCUCCUCACGUGUUCGGGUGGCGGCUGCUGAGUCCAUGCCGCUGCUGCUGGAGUGUGCACGGGUCAGAGGACCAGAGUACCUGACCCAGAUGUGGCACUUCAUGUGUGACGCUCUCAUCAAGGCCAUCGGCACCGAACCCGACUCGGACGUCCUCUCUGAGAUCAUGCACUCAUUCGCCAAGGUGACGCUUUAUUUCGCUUUAUUUUUAUUUAUCAAAACAAACUAAAUUUUAGCGAAGAUCUUUGAGAGUCUAACCCAACACAAAGAAAUGAAAUCAAACUCUUAACCAACCAGAUCCAGUUUCUAAGGUUGUUUUUUUUUGUCUGUUUCAGUGCAUCGAGCUGAUGGGAGACGGCUGCCUGAACAACGAGCAUUUCGACGAGCUGGGCGGAAUCCUAAAGGGAAAACUAGAGGAGCAUUUCAAGAACCAGGAGCUCAGACAGGGUCAGUUUUACUCCGCUUACUCUCCGCCUGAAAGAGACAGCACUCAAGGAAGUGAAACAAAAUGUUCUUAAUCCUGAAUCGAUUCUUUCUUUCCAGCUAAGAGACAGGACGAAGACUAUGACGAGCAGGUGGAGGAAACGUUACAAGACGAGGUGAAUACUGCUGCCUAAGACCACAGCUACAUUUUUGUUACUAUUCAGAGUAAAUAAAGUCCUAAAAUACUGAAUCUUUUUUUAAUUUUUAGGAUGAGAACGACGUGUACAUCCUGACCAAAGUGUCGGACAUCCUGCACUCGGUGUUCAGCAGUUACAAAGAGAAGGUGCUGCCCUGGUUUGAACAGCUGCUGCAGCUCAUCGUCCAGCUCAUUGUGAGUAGAAAAAGGACCUGAUGCAGUACAGAGUCAGGGCCACUAGAUGGUGCUAAUAUCCCAAACAGUUGAAACAAGGUCAACAUGAUACCUUUAUUUUGAUCGAUGUUGAGAUAAGGGAUGUGCGUGACUAGUCGUUUAAUUGUUUAACCGUUUACUCAUUUAUUCAACGUUUAGUAUUUUACUAGUUCCCCCAAAAUACUGCCAAACGGUGCUGAUUUUCUUGCGCGGUAGGACGUUUGGAUUGUCAUGCUGCUGCAUCCAACUUUCAUACUGAAACAGUAUUCAUAGUAAAUUCCAUGCAUUGUAUUGUCAAACGUAUCAAAAAUGUAUUUCUCUUUAAAUUGUUCACCUUUAUUCAGUCAGUUGUUCUUACAUCAGUAGAAUUUAAAUUAACAGAUUUUCCUGAAUGUUUGGGCUUAAAUAGCUUCUAAAUACACAAAACAUUUGCAUUUUAAACUUUUUAAUUUAAUAUGUGUAAUACAUGGCGAGUUUUCUUGCUUAAGGACUAGUCGACUAGUUGUGAAUAAAAUUUGAGACGAGUCGACCAGUCGCGAAUAAAAAUUGAAACUAGUUGCGGAAAAAAUUUGACACGAGUUGCUAAUAACAUUUGAGACUAGUCGACUAGUUGCAAAUAAAAUUUGAGACUAGUCGCGAAUAAAAUUUGAGACUAGUCGCGAAUAAAAUUUGAGACUAGUUGGCGGGGGAAUUGGUGGAAAUUCCCAUCCCGAGUUGAGGUACAGAUUUUUCAACAUUAGAGUUUACUGAACCAAACUGAACCCCUGACUGAAAACAUACCUUCAUGUCUUUUUUCCAAAUCAAGUUUUAUUUUCAUGACCAUGACACAGAAAAGCAUCAGAUCCCUUGAUUUGUAACAAGUUCAGGUUUUAAGUUCAUUCUCCAUUAGAAACUCCUCUAACAUAAGACUCCUUCCUCAGUGUCCUAACAGGCCGUGGGCGGAUAGACAGUGGGGUCUCUGCAUCUUUGACGAUGUGGUGGAGCACUGCAGCCCCUCCUCCUUCAAAUACGCCGAGUACUUCCUGCGACCAAUGCUGCAGUCGCUGUGUGACACCAGCCCUGAGGUCCGACAGGCCGCCGCCUACGGUGUUGGAGUCAUGGCUCAGUAUGGAGGGGAGAACUACCGCCCGUUCUGCACAGGUACGUCCCACAGCCGCCCCACACCUGAGAUACUGUGAUCUGGUUAUUUCUCUGUGGUAACUCGGUGUUUGUGCUUCAGAGGCGAUCCCCAUGCUGGUCCGAGUCAUCCAGGCAGCCGACUCACGCUCCAAAGAGAACGUCAACGCCACAGAGAACUGCAUCUCCGCCGUCGGGAAGGUCAUGAGGUUUAGACCCGAGUGUGUCAACGUCAACGAGAUCCUCCCUCACUGGCUCAGCUGGCUGCCGCUCAACGAGGACAAAGAGGAGGCGGUGCACACCUUCGACUUCCUCUGUGACCUCAUUGAAAGGUAGAUGAGCGUCUAUCUCAGGAGGUAUUUCUUCUUUUAAAUCAGGAGGUGUGCUAACAUGCUGAAUGUCUUCUUCUUGCAGCAACAACCCCAUCGUCCUCGGACCGGACAACGCCAACCUGCCCAAAAUCUUCCUAAUCAUCGCAGACGGAGUGGCAAACGAAUCCGUGAAGAGCGAAGACGCAUGCAGCAAACGGCUCGCGAAUGUCAUCCGUCAGGUGCAGGUGAGACAUCAGAUUCCAAGUAUUCGGUAUGCCAUCAUUUUCCAGCACGGAGAGAUUUAAAACUUCUCAGACGUUGACCGUGUUGUGGUUUCCUGCAGGUGUCGGCGGGAUUAUGGACACAGUGUGUAUCGACACUGAACGAGACGCAGCAGAGAGCCAUACAGGACCUACUAAACACUGCCUGAGCCUGAACCCCUGUCACCUCCCUGCUCUAAAAAAAAAUAAAGCCCAUGAAGAAGAAGAAGAAGAAGAAAAGUCGAGCUCUCGGACCUCCUCCAUAACACUCCCCGUCCUCCCUCUCGCUCUGAUCUGUAGUGUAUACGGACGCUGGCUUUACCCCAUCACCACCCCUUACCCUUUUAAUCAAAACAAUCCUCCUACGCCGGGGGGAGCAGGUCGGAUAUUUAAGACGAUGGAGGACUUAACCAUCCACCUCAAAGACUUUCACCCUGAAUCUGCGACGGCCGGGACAACAGAGGAACGUGUCCCCGCCCUUCAAUGUGUCUUCUAUCUGGACGUUUUGUUGAAACCAUUCCCUGAUGUUCGUCUCGCCCAGAGGGACUCGUCCUCCACGUCGCCCCGGAAACAAACUCAUUGGACAGUUGGGCUCAGAGGGGGGAGAAGUGGGGGGACAUUUAAUGAACUGAUUGAUUGAAGGAGGUGGAAGUGCACACUGGGCGAUCACUGCCUGUUUCCUGUGAAUUAUUUUUUUUUUUUUUUUUGUAUUUUUAUUUUAUUUCUUUUCUCAUCAAUUGUUCCCAGUGUUACCUGGGGUGGGGGGGCAGCCUCUAUUCAGAGGGUUUGUCUCUAAAGUAACGGCAUGUUCAGUGGCUAACUCUAGAAAUUAUAAAUAGGUAGGAAAUUUUCCAUCCUGGUUUUUCUGGGAGGCUUGAUUUCAGCAGCUUUUUUCCUCCAUAGCCUUCCAGAUCUGUUUCUGAACAUGUUUGCUGAACGGUUCUCAGCCCUUUAGGUAGCAUCAAAGGGAGAUGGGCUCUCAGAAAAGAGCAAUAAUCUGUCUGUAGUCAUGGCGAUACGUCGUGUGACAUGUUUGAAGAAGAUGAAUUGUAGAGUCUCUGUAAAUCGCCUGCUACCAUACUCUUAACUUUAUGAAUUUGACCCUUUGCAGCCCCGCAGGUAUGUGAUGGAACUCCAGAAAAUACCAACAAUAAAAUUCCAUUUCAGAAAAUCCAGAUUUCUCUUCCUCGCCUUUUCUCCUCUGCUGCUAAAGCUUAAGAGUAAUGACCCCG